AGGCUUGGCUCAAAAUACAUGAUUUUCGUAUAUGUUCAGAUAGAUUGAAACCAAUGCCUCCAUGAAAAGCUUGAAAAGAAAGCAACCCGAAGUGAAACCGCCAGAUCGGCAUCUCUCGGGAAGUGAUCUCCGGAGGCAGUCAGCUGAGGAUGCACUGCGAAAUGAGCCAGGGACGCUGCAUGUGGGCUUUGGCAAGUACAGAGACUUGACACUUCAGCAGCUGGUGAACAGGGACAAAGAGUACUGCCGAUGGGUUCUUGCCCAGUCUGCUGAUCACUUCAAAAUUCGGAGAUUGCAAGACUACCUGAAGCAAACUUUUCCGACAAACGCCGAGAGCACCUUGAACCCCACGCCAGAAACUGCAGAGGAGACCGCUGAAUCCGAAGCCAAGCGAGUGUCGCUUGGAGGACCAGCUCCGUCUUGGGUACAGGACUUGUUGCGUUUGUCUCGAGAUUAUGAUGAGAUCAGUGAUGACUUGGAAGAUUGUGCUUUGAGUGGCUUGCCGGGUGAGACCAGAAAAUCUCUGCACCGAUUCCAACGCCAUGGAAUUGCUUUUGGAGUCCAGCGAGGUGGCCGAGUGCUGUUGGCCGAUGAAAUGGGCUUUGGAAAAACGGUCCAAGCGCUGGGCAUUGCGUCCUUCUAUCGACGCGAGUGGCCAGCCCUGAUUGUGGUUCCUUCAUCUUUGCGCUUGGCUUGGAAGUCUGAAAUUUCCAGGUGGCUCAAUGUGCAGGCCAUCCAAGUGAUCCGUUCUGGUGCUGACAGGUUUUAUGCAGACAAGGAUUUCUACAUCAUAUCGUACGACCUGCUGCAAAAACACCCAAAGUUUCAAGAUCGGGCUGGAAAAUCCUUUGACAUUGUUAUUUGCGAUGAGUCGCAUUUGUUGAAGAGUUGGCACGCUCAACGCACCUGCCAAAUCCUCCCUUUGCUUCAGAAUGCUCGAAGAGCUGUACUCAUUUCUGGUAGUCCUGCCUUGAACAAUGCCUUUGAGUUGUACCCACAACUGACAGCUUUGCUUCCGAGUUUCGUCCCAGGUCCUUCUGACUUUGGCGAACGCUACUGCUGUGUGGAUUCCUUCCAGGGUCAGGAGAGAUUCACGGGCUCCGUGCGGCCCUCCGAGCUGCGGCAGCUCCUGUCCACGGUGAUGCUGCGCCGCGGCAAGGCGGAGGUCCUGAGCCAACUGCCGCCCAAACGGCGACGGAGCGUCCCCUUGGAACUGCCCGUUGCUCCUGAAGACCUGCAGUGGCACGGUGAUGCUCAAGGAAUCCAAGAGGCAGAUGAAGAAAAGGAAUCCAAAGGAUACCAAUCGUACCAAUCAGUUUAUGCUCGUGUUGGGCUGGCCAAAGCAGAAGUUGCAGCAGACUAUGUUGAAAUGCUUCUGGAUUCUAUGAAUGACAGCAAGGUCUUGGUCUUUUUCCACCAUGAGGUGGUCGGAAACAUCAUUGAGAACAAACUCAAGCAUUCAAAGGUUGCCUAUGUGCGAAUUGAUGGCAAAACGCCACAAGUGAGACGGGAGGCCGAAGUCUUGCGAUUUCAGGAGCAACCCUCUGUGCGAAUCGCUGUGCUGUCGAUUACAGCAUGUGGCCUAGGUCUCACUUUGACGGCGGCGUCAGUGAUUGUCUUUGCAGAGCUCUACUCGGUCCCCAAGAUCAUGGAGCAGGCAGAAGACCGAGCACAUCGAAUUGGGCAAACAAAGUCGAUUGAUAUACAUUACUUGGUUGCCCAUGGAACUGUUGAUGACAGCAUCUUGGCUUGCCUGGCUAGAAAAGAACAUGAACUGCAGCACCUUUUACAGUCCAAUGGCGGUGAAGCGUCUACAGAGGAGAUGCAAAACAAGAUAGUUCCGGCUGUGCGUGCGAGCGCCAGACCCUUGGCGCAGAACGCAGCAAUUCGAAAAGCCUUUGCAACUAGCAAGGAAAACAAAGAAAAGAAGGAAAAGAAGGAAAUCCCUGUACCUCCCGUAAGGACUGUGAAGAGCCCUGGGUUGAAAAUGCUGGGUGACCAGGAUAUGUCAAUUUCUCAUCGUUUAACUUCCAUGGGCUUUACCAAAGCUGAAGUUGAUGAGGCGAUUCGAAGAGUUGGAAACUUCGAGGAUGCGCUUGAGAUUCUGCUAGAGCAGAAUGGCGCUGCUGGAAACACUUCCAAGAAGCAGCCGCUUGUUCUUAGUGAUUCGGAGGAAGAAAUUCCUACAAGGAAAAAAUGCGAAAUUGCUCCAACAAUGGAGGAUCCAGACAGUGAUGUACAGGUUACCAUGGAGGAUUCAGAUAGCGAUGUACAGAUUGAAUAUGACUAAGAUUGGCCAUUGUGAAGUGCCACAUGAAAUUAAGCUCUGCUAGCGGCUUGUCUUUCUGUACAGAUUAGGGGUUCAUCAGGCUUUCGCCUGACAGGUUUAGGUCCAUUUUGCGUGGACAUGUGAGCUGUGGGUGGCUGGAAGAAGAGACG